GAUCAAUAUGCGCCACUAGCACAACCGUACAAUGGAGAACAUUCAGUCACAGCCAGAGCAAGUUGAGGAAACUCCAGCGGAGCAAAACAUUUCAGAAGCGUUUCGCACUAAUCGCGCUCAGAAAUUUCAUCAAGCAGGAGCCGGAUCUUCGAUUCUACACCACAGGGUGACGCUUGUGCUUCUGGGCUUGCUUAACGCGGUUCUUCUCAUAGUCGCAGUUGUCCUCGCCAUUUACUGUGCCAACGCCAACGAAGAUCACCUCCUGACUCCUCAUUCGGCCGUCUCGUCCCUCAUCAUCGAGCGUAAUUAUCUCCGCAACCAUAGUCACAUCCUUAAAGUGGAGAAGGAUGCUGAGGCAGAUUUAGUCAAGGAGCAAACCAGCCACAUUCAACUCAAGCUGCAGCUGAAACAGCAGACCACAAUGGCUGACACACUUUGGAGCCAGAUUAAAAUACUUCAUACUGAAAAGGAGCAGCUGGAGGCCACAAGAGCUCUUAUUGAGCAAAACUGCGGUAGAUGUCCAUCGGGAUGGACCCUUCUUAAAACAACCUGCUAUUAUUUUUCCCUCCCCGAGUCCAACGACAAAAAAAACUGGCCAGACAGCAGAGCCGACUGCAUCGGUCGAGGCGGAGACCUUCUAGUAAUCGACAAUUUGCAGGAACAGGUGCUUAUAAAUGAAAAUGCUCCAAAAGUAACCAGCAGCUCGGUAUGGUGGCAGAAUGGCUUCUGGAUCGGUUUACGAGAUAUCGAGUCACAGGGACGAUGGACAUGGCUAGACAACACGUCUGCCAUUGAAACCGGGUACUGGAGGAAUAACCAGCCAAGCACCACUGGACCUCAGACUGGCAACUGUGCAGUUUUAUAUUAUUUUAGCGACACCAGAAAAACAUGGUUCAAUGGGAACUGCCAGAACCAACUUUACGACUGGAUAUGCGAGAUGGUGGCAAAGCCCCCCGAGUAGACGAAACUGAAAUUUCAAAUGAUGUAAAAUGUCAAUUAAACAUAAAUGCAUCCAUAAAACUUCA